AUGCAAUCUGCGCAGCAACUAUUUUCUGCCAUGGUGCAAACUCUGUACGACAACAAAUUCCUCAGCAACCUCUCAAUAUACUCAGUGCAGGCCAUUGUUAUAUCAACAGAAGUUGCUCAUAACCUCGGGUUAAGUCAACUAAAUGCGACUCUCUUCAAUGCUGCAGUGCGCAUCGCCGAGUGCCUUGGUGUCCAUAAAAUUCAGGACCACUCGACAAAGCCUAUACAAAAUAAGGAUGACUGGGAUGAGAGAGUCGAGCGCGAAGUUGGAAAAAGGGUGUGGUGUCAGAUGAUCAUCCAAGACCAUUUCGCCAUCCCCUUUACCGACACGUACAGCAUCUCCCCAAUGCACUUCUCGACAGGUCGCCCUAUGAACGCAGAGGACUAUGACUUGAUGGAUAUGCCAAUCAGCACACCUACUACAAGCACUUACGUCCGCGUCCUAGUGAAUCUAGCAGAGCUGAUGCCUGGUCUUGUGGAUGGACUGGGUCCAAUGAAAAGCCGGAAGCCCCAUCGAGAGCAAUACCAACAUAUUCUGCAAGUGGACCAAAAAAUGAGAGCCGUGGUUAAAGAUAUACCGCCAUUCCUUUUGCGUCCUGACAAAGAGAAAGAAGAGCAAAUCCCAUGGCUGAGCAUUGCCCGACGAAGCUUGGCAAUUACAGCAGCAGAAAAGAUUAUCAUGAUUCAUCGACCGUUCCUGUUCCGCUCUUUCCACGAUCCAACCUAUAGCUACACAAGGCGUACCUCGGUCGCAGCAGCGAUGACUAUAUUACGUGAACACGAGACCAUCGUGCGGGAAGAGGAUAUUUCGAUCUGGACUCACACCGCGUUCGCAAUUACAGCCGCAGUCAUAAUGUGCUUCGAAGUCAAUGCCAUCGCCGAGAGUGCAUUCAGUGCGAGUGCGCAAAGUUACAAAGAGGCCAUUCUUUCAGCUCGAGCGCGCCUUGCUUCGCGGGAUCUUGAUGUUCUCGCUCAACGCGGUGUCGCUUUAAUCGAUGCAAUCUUUACCGCGGGCUCUGAGAUAAAUACUGGCGGCACAAGUUCUAAAAUGAUGGAUUUUGGUCAGAUUUUGGCCAAAUUUUCUACGUUCAGUCGGCUACACCUGGGAUCGCCCAGCACCGAGGCAUCUCCUGGCACAAUUCCAAGUGUUGAUCCUCAGGACGUGAUUGGUGCACACUUUGAUGAGAUGAGACCAACCUGGGGAACUGCAGAGGAUAUCGAUUUCGAUGCCUGGUUCAACGAGACAUUUUACUCUCUGCAGGACCCGCUUCAGCUGUGA